UGCUCUCACUGGAGUCCAGACACAAGCAACUAAAUGUUCAUUAGCUAAUAUUGAUGGAGCUGCAGCUCACAGUGUGGAUAUCAGAAACAAGCCCGAGGACCACUGUUACCAGGCAGGAUUUCAACAUUAACUGACCAGGAUAAGAAUUCAACCGGGGCUUACUACUGCUCUGUGGCCCAGUCCAACCUGUGUUGUCUGAAUUGGUGCCCGACAACCCUCCUGAAUGAAUGAGUGGGUGGGCCCCGACAUCAAUGUGGUGGGACCGCUGCAAAUCCCGCCCAGCGAUGAAUUCUCCAUCUCAGAGAGCUCCCACUUGUUUGAUAUUCUGGCAGAUCAUGGCAGUCCUCUCCUGCAGGAUCCCGACAUUUUACCCUUCACCGGCUAUCCCAGCAUGCAGUACCCGUCCAUGGAGCCAACCAUGUCUUCCAUGCCGUACUACUCCAGUCAGAACUACUACCCUCAGUACAAUGGAGAUGAAUGGUACUCACACGCAGGGAUAUAUGAACUGAGGAAAGGACCCCUGGAGGUCAGCUAUGACGGUGAGAUGGAGGAGACCUGUGCGGUGGUGCCUGCCGUGUGCAAGAGGACCCGGCACAUGUCGCAGGCUGGGAGGGUCAAAGGGGAGGAACUGUGUGUUGUGUGUGGAGACAAGGCCUCUGGAUACCACUAUAACGCUCUCACCUGUGAAGGCUGUAAAGGUUUCUUCAGACGGAGCAUAACAAAGAACGCUGUGUACAAAUGCAAGAGUGGCGGAAACUGUGAGAUGGACAUGUAUAUGCGCAGGAAAUGCCAGGAGUGCCGGCUAAGAAAGUGCAAAGAGAUGGGCAUGCUGGCCGAAUUGAAGCCUUCGUCACUGCUGGCAGGCCUGCUGACAGAGAUCCAGUGUAAAUCUAAAAGGCUACGGAAGAACACCAAGGCCUCCCCAGGACCAUCCACUGGACACGAGACAGAGGGGGCAGACAACACGGACAGCAAACAAGUCACCUCAACCACCAAACUGUCAAAGGAAAAAGUUCAAAUCACCAAAGAGCAGCUGGGCCUCAUGAAGGUCAUUGUAGAUGCUUAUAACACACAUCAAAUUCCUCAAGACGUGGCCAAAAAACUGCUACAAGAACAGUACAGUGAAGAGGAAAACUUCCUCCUGUUGACAGAAAUGGCAACUAGUCAAGUUCAAGUUCUGGUGGAGUUUACAAAAAAUAUUCCAGGCUUUCUGUCUCUAGAUCAUGAAGAUCAGAUCGCUCUGCUGAAGGGUUCGGCUGUGGAAGCCAUGUUUCUGCGCUCAGCCCAAGUUUUCAGCCGAAAGAUGCCCAACGGACACACAGAGGUUUUAGAGGAGAGGAUACGCAAGAGUGGUAUAUCAGAGGAAUUCAUGACACCAAUGUUCAACUUUUACAAAAGUAUCGGUGAACUCCACAUGGUCCAGGAGGAACAGGCUCUCCUCACAGCCAUAACCAUCUUGACACCAGAUCGGGCCUACGUGAAAGAUCAGAAGGCUGUCGAGAGACUUCAGGAGCCCAUGCUGGACCUGCUGAGGAAGCUGUGUGCCCUGCAGCAUCCGCAGGAGCCGCAGUACUUUGCUCGCCUCCUGGGCCGCCUGACGGAACUGAGAACACUCAACCAUUACCACGCAGAGAUGCUCACGUCCUGGAGGAUGAACGACCACAAAUUCACCCCGCUGCUCUGUGAGAUCUGGGACGUGCAGUGACACCAUGGGAGAAGGGAAGAAAGUGGUACCUUGGGGAUGAUAACAUGAACAUUUCAACUUGCAAAGACAAAGUCAUGGUCCAACUGCAGGAUGUGGAAUUAAAUCCCUGCACAAGCUGUUUGCCUCUGUGUUGCCUGACCUUGAUGGCAUUAGUCAUGUAUUGACUCGGUGAGUGGUUAAGAGUAAUAUCAGUGUUUAUUCUGCUCAUGGAUUGUUUUCAUGGCUUACACCAUCACGUCUAUUUAUUUGUGUGAUUUAGCCAACUCAGUCUUGUAGAGGCAUUUGAAAUUUUGGCAGUGUUCCAGCACAAAGAGGAAACUAUUCAAAGGUUUGGAUUAAACAGACUUCUUAAUACUGUGAACAUCAUGUAAAAUACCUGUAAGGCCCAGCGUGAUUAGUCAGGCAAGAACAAACACUGGAACCUAUUCAAAGCAAGGAUGGUGCUCUUACGAACUGUACGGUUUAGAUUACAUUCAGUAUAAUAAUGGCUUCAUUUAUUUUUUUAUUUGUAAAACUUAGUCUUCAUAGAACUUCCUACACGUACGUGCUGUAAAUAUGCCAACGUUUUAUGUUCUGGCUCAAUAAAUAACAAGAUUAAUGGGCAAAAGCUUUAAGUUAAAUGUUUAAGCUUGUUUUCAUACAUAGCACAGAGGGAACAGAUAUAUCACCUGGUACAUCUGGAAAAUCAAAAUCCCUGUCCUUUUUAAUCUUUGAGAAACUAAACUAAACCGAAAUAUGUGCAAAUUACUUAAAAAUAUUGACUAAAUAUUAAAAUGAAAAUGUCACUGUCUAAGGGUUUCCCUGUUGAAAUAUGGUCUCCCACUGCAUAAUUUUUUUUUGACUUUUUAUGCCUUAUUUAUGCCAAUAUUUAACCCUCUGCUAAUAAUUCAUUUCAGUGGGGUAUCAAAACAAACGGACCUCAGUUGAAGGACCAUAAAUGUGUUUUGCAUGUUUUUGUCAAUUUUCUAUAAUUAAAGAAUAUUUAACAUUGCUGUUGACAAUUUUAAUGUACCAUUACACCUGUGAAAUGGUUUCUUUCUUUCUUUCUUUUUUAUUAAGUAUUGUUAUACCUGGCAUACUGCAAUUAUUGAUGUAGUUGUCAUUAAUUGUAGUUGUUGCAUUAGCAAUGGUGUUACAGUAUGUGGGAUAAGCUUAAAUAGUUGUUGCAGCAACAGUAAUUUAUCCAAUUCAUCCACCCAUCCCUUUCUUGGCAUUUCAGUGCAGUCAACAUGAACUUAGCUGACACUAAGUUUACCUUGUGCUCAGUGCGACAUUUUGUAUUAUUCAGCUUCAUUCAUUCAAGUGUAUGAAUUUAUUUAGAUUAGCUGAAAUGCACACAAAACAUCCAUAGAGAUACAGGAACGGUACAUCCACAAUAUAAAAGUUACAUAUUAAAGAUAACUAUCA